ACGGCAGUUAGCUGCGCGAGCUUUUUUCGUAGUUUUAACCGUUGAGUCGGAAACGUCUCAGUUAUUUUUAUAGCAAUAAGCUAAUCUCUGCAAACAACGGAUUUAUUUGCAAAUAUCAGCUUCGUGUCGUGUUUCAACGAAGAGAGUUCUCGUCGAAAACACAUUAGAACUACAUUACCCAUGAUUCCUUCUGCGACAACAAAGUCAGGGUCAAAGGGCGAACACCAGAAUCGUGUGCUCCUUCGGUUUGUAUGUCGAAAGAUAUUUUACAGAUUUGAGCAUGGCAGCUGACGGGUUAGGAAUAGCCUCGGUUCCAUCAGAGGACCUGAGGGAUGAGGGGACCCAUCUGACAGACACACCCAGUCCAGAUGAGGGGACCCAUCUGACAGACACACCCAGUCCAGAUGAGGGGACCCAUCUGACAGACACACCCAGUCCAGAUGAGGGGACCCAUCUGACAGACACACCCAGUCCAGAUGAGGGGACCCAUCUGACAGACACACCCAGUCCAGAUGAGGGGACCAACCUGACAGACCCAUCCAGUCCAGAGGCAGGGGUCACAGCUGCCUUUAACAGUGCCAAAGACACCCUAAAAGCCAAAGAAGAGUCAGCAGAACGGGAUGAGAACGGAGUCGACGUGUGUCAGUAUUUCCUGAUGGGAAAGUGUCAUUUUGGCCACAGAUGUCGUUUCUCUCACAGGAACCCAACAACAGAUGAUUCAGGGGCUGUAUCGCCUGACCAGGAUGACAAACAGGAUGGAGAAAAGACGGGAACUCACAAGAAGAGAGUGAACAAGGCAACAAAGCCAAAAUACGAGGCAAAAGAGGUGAACAAGAAGCCUCGCAUGCGCACAGCAGAUGACGUUAUCUCUCGCAUCCUGUGGGACCCGUCGGUGGAUGGAACAGAAUUUAUUGUGGGGUAUGUGGAUCGCUUCCUUGGGGUGCUGGAGCGUCCCUUCGAGGACUUCAGCUGGGACACCGUCCCCUGCGACUGUGAUUACUCUACAGAGCUGGCUCUGCCCAGACACAGGAUCCAGUACUUCACGUACAGAGGGCACCGGGUCUGGGACCGCCACAGCAGAACUGACAGAGUGUUCGGCUCGACCGGUCAAUCUCUGGCUCCCCCCUUUGGAGGGGAGGGGGAAGUAAAGGAAAUUAACACAGAAGAGCAACAACAAGAUCAGACACCUGCUGAGGGUCUGCACCUGCAGGAAGAGAGUGACACAGAGGAGUGUGCUCCCACUGAGAACACACAUCUGGAGGAAGAGAAGCAGAGUGGGAUGUAUACUCAGACCCCUGACUCAACACAACCAGCUCCAAAGUGCAGAGGAGACACUUCUCAGGAACAACAGGACUCACGAGGAGCAUGUCUUCUGGAGGAGGCUGCAAUAAGACAUGAGGCUUCAAAAGACCAAAUGUCCUUAUCCCAAAGUGAGGAAGCAAGUGUAAAAGAGGGAGAGGAAGAGUGCAAAGAAAGCUGGGAAGGCACAGAUGCUCGGAGUUCUCGCCAAGCCCUCAACGUGAGCCAGAAUCCAUCAGCACCUCUGGAGCAGAGAGAGAAGCGUGGUGGUCGGCCUGCUAAAAAACGCCCCACGCACUUCAUCACCUUCAGGGCCAACACUCCAGCUAUCCUCGCCGGUUUCCAGCAGCUGCAGAAGGAGAUCACGAAUCUUCUACCGUCCUCUGCUCCUCACUGGCAGACCACCCCCAGCCUUCAUGUCACCAUGAUCCUCCUGAAUUUGUCCGGCCAAGCUGAGGUCGCCGCUGCUGAGGAGGUCCUCCGACGGUUCGCCUUUUUGGAUCGUAACCCGCCGGUGUCUCUGACCUUCCCUGUGAGGCUGAAACAUUUCAAUGGGAGGGUGCUGUACCUGAGCCCCCAGCCUCAGCUUCACAUCCAGCAGCUCAACAGUGGCCUGCAGGAGGCCUACAUGAAGGAGGGCUGGCUCCACAAGGAUUCCUACAACCCGCGCUACCAUCUUACACUGGCCAAGGUAGAGGGCAAUGAGGGAGGCAGGGUUUUUGAAGGGGUCGAGGACCUAAAGGUGGGGAAGGGUUUAAAUUUUGGCCGUCUGCCAGUAAACACCUUACACCUUUGUGCCAUGGGCUUUUCCGCAGAAGAGGGUUUUUAUGAGACCGUGUGCACGGUAACUCUUCGAUGAUAGAAGAGUGGCUUCUUCCACACGCACACACUACAGACAUGUAUGUUGAUACAACGGGUGCUGUUAAGUUAAUUCAAAUAAGGUGCACUUAUAAAGAUAAUCAGGUGAAAUUAUAUAUUUAUAGUAAGGCGUAAAUUAACAACAAACACACUAUUCAAUUUUACUAAACUGUUUUAAAAUGCAAAAGGAUACAAUGGUCCGAAUAAAAAAAUAUAUGUAAUGUAUGAACUUAAUGAAUGCAAUUGAAUCUGUUCAGGGUCUACGUUAUAAGUCCUGUUGAUAUUGCAAAAUGAGAAUUGAAUGUAGUUUGGAUAGAAUAAUAAUAAAAACAUCCAGUACUUACUUACAGUAUACUUACUUUUCCUGUCUUAAUAAUAGAAUAUAAAGACUAAAAACAGAUGAACACAAGUAUAUUAAUUGUACUUUGUCCAUUUUAAUGUUAUAAUGCAAAGUAACACAAAGUAUUGUUUUUAAGUUGGCUUUAGUUGAUUUAAAUGGAAAAUGUACUAUAAUACUUUGGCCACAAAAACAAAUGUCAAAAUCCUACCUAAAAUGAUUAGUCAAUUCAUCGAUCAGUAGAUUAAUCAAUGAUGUUGCUCUAUAGCAUCUCUAUGGUAAGAACAUGCUUCUGUCUUAAAAUAUGGUAGUAAAGUAAGAUUUGCCUUUUUUGACUGUUACACUAAAGAUGUGAUUUGAAGACAUGGCCUUCAGAACUUUAGGAAAUUGGUUUAUUUAUUGUUGUAUGUUAUUGAUCAGAAUUAAUAGUUUACUUGAGAAAAUAAUAUGAUUAAUUGAUAAUCAAAAUAAACAUUAGUUGAAGCCUUAGACAAGAUGGAACCCGCAGGAGGAAAAACUGUGUAAACAUCGAUGUUGCUGCAUAGUUAAAAAAAGUAAAAGUGUACUGUAGUGUACAGUAAAACUGACAGGACAUAUGCAACUGCCAUAAAGGUUUAUGUGUGAGACAUAAGUGUUUUCUUUACAGCUAUGAAUCAACUGUAGUUGUAUUCUGCAGCUCAUUAUUCCACAAUUAAUCUGUUUCAUAUAAAUAUUGCAUGGAUGGUGUUCCACGAGAA